UAAGCAAACCAUUUAAUACAUAUACCUAUGAUAAAAUAGAGAAAGUCUUGUUUGUUUCACUGUUUAAAUCAUGUUUAAAAUUUCUUCAAAGGCUGGACAAGAGAAAUCAAAGCGCCCCUUACUACAGUGCACAAGAGAAAUUGUCAACCACUUUUGGUUUUGUGCAGACACAGCAGAGACAGAGGAUGAAUUUAUUGGUAUGUGGUUGGGUGUUAUUCACCAUGUUGUAAAUCAACAUGAGUGGAUAUUACCAUAUCGAAUUGGUUCCAAAAGUUCCUGCAUGCAUGGACCACUGACAGAAGAACGUGAAAAGGGGUGGUUAGAGGCUGGAUCACCAGCCCAUGUUGCUGUAAGGGACAUUGCUAAAGAUAAAAGACUCCUGAAAAAAAUCCCUUAUUAUUUGAAUUGCAGGAGUACAGCUGUCUUAGAGAAUUUUCAGAAUCUUAUUCUGAAAUAUUCCUCUAAAAGACAUUCUUACACACCACCAGUGUACAAGGGAAGAAACAUAAUAGCAGCUCUAGAUCACAACUGUAACUGUAACAGAGAUACCUUAAAGAAUAAAGAUGGAUCCUUGAGGUAUUUAUCUCCAUUUAUUGUUAUAACUGUGUGUUAUCAUAGCAAUUAUUUAUAACAUUACAAAGUGAAAGGUUUUCUAUAAAUAUAAUUGUUUUAAUAAAAUAUUGUAGACACCAGAUGUACUACAGUAAGAAGAGUGGGAGAUGGGCAACUUAUGAUGUGAAAAAGUCCAAAAGCUACCCAUAUACAGAGGACCUCAUGAGGAAAUGCCUGGAGAAUAGACUGUUGGAUGGGAUUGGUAUGAACAGACCAGUUAUUCUCGAGGCUGAUGACCCUAGGAGGAUCUCUUCAGUUCUGGCACCAAUCCCACCACCACCAACAUCUCAGCUUGUAGCAGAAAAAAAAUCCAGGUUCAGUGAGAAAACUGGUGAUUAGCAUCUUUUCCUCCUAGUCCAUUACACCUUCCAGAUACCCAACAUAUUGUCCCGAUGGUUCUGGGAAAGUGUCUCUGAUCCGCCUUACACAACAGCUAGGGAUGACUUUUCUGUUGCCUGCCCCAAGUUUGCCAUGGACCCACAUGAUGAACUGUCUGUAGGCAGCAUACCUCCGAGAUCUGUUGAUGUUGUCAUCUCUCGGCUCAGCCAGUACAUCGUUGUAGUACCGCAUGGCAACUUCAAGAACAAGUUCAUCAAGAACCACUGUGUAGAAAUCCUGAAAAUAUACAUAGAUCUAUGUUAACAUACAAUUUGCUUUGAUUUUUGAAUUUCCCUGCCAGGUUCAAAUGCAGUAUAAUUCUUAAAAAAAUGUAUGCUUACUGGUAGCCUUGACUGCCAA